UGCAGCCAGAGCGCACUGGAUUCAGACUGCGCGCCUCCUUCUAGCGGAGUUUCGGCCCCUGAAAGCUUUCCUCCGCUGGACACCUCCGGACUUUGAGGCAAUGCAGCGAGCGGCUGCGCAGUCCACAGCCUGACAUGGAGAAGACCUCAGCAGAAGAUGACUGCGUGGACUCCGGAGCCGAAACAGGAGGGUCUGAUUACAGUCCCCUGUCAUCAACAAGCAGUGGAGGCGAGUUAUCCAUGGGUGAGCUCCAGGACCCGUUCCUCGUCAGCAUUCACCUCAUUGCCGACCCCGGUCAAGGCAAGUUUCUGCAGCGGGCUGCUGAUGCCGUGCUGUCGUGGGUUCACCCCGAGCUGCAGCUCUUCAGAGUUUCCGAACGGGCCUCUCCUUCCCAGCGGCCGCGGCAGAAGCCCCAUCAGAGCGGCCCGUCUGCAGCCUAUCAGCCAGCCAUGGCGGUCAUCCUCUUCCUCCAAGAGGCCUACGGCGGUGAAGAGCACAUACUGAUGCUGCACCACACUUUGCAGAGGCCACCUUGGCGUUACCACCACACUGAAAAGGUCAGCAAUGGCCGCCAAAUGCUGCCACUGACCCCUUGCAGUCAGGACUUUUUCACUCUUGCUCCAGGAACACCACUCUGGGCUGUGAGGCAGGUUCACUACGGCAAGGAAAUCGUGAGGUUUACAAUUUACUGUCUUCAUGAAAACUACAUGGACAUGGUUCGGCUCUACAAGCUCCUGCUUCAGCGACGGGUGGCGCAGAAGAAGGAGGACUUCUGCUUCUUUGUGGUGUACUCCAACCCUGACAUGGAAAUCCAGCUGUCAUUCAAGAGGCUCCCCCGAGGCCACAGUCCUGUGGUGCUGGAGUCAGCUGUGAUGGAGGUGAGGGUACGGGACGUUGGGGAACUGGUGCCCCUGCUGCCACACCCCUGCAGCCCCAUCAGUGAGGUCCGCUGGCAGACCGAAGACUAUGAUGGAAACAAGAUCCUGUUGCAGGUCCAAGGUGCAUACCUCAGACACAGACAGGAUCCCUGCCACAUAUCAUCCAUCGCCCCAGAAACGGCCUCCGCCCCAGCCUCCCAAAAGAUCCGCCGUCACCACCAGAGGGUGCUGUGCAGGCCCAGAGUCCACCAUAACUUCCACAAGUCUUUGCCUCCUGGCGGCGAUGAGCAGGACGAGCAGGCGCAGUGGCCUGACCUGCACUGUUUUGACAACCAGAGGUCACAGUGGAGGGGUCACCGCUCCAGCUCCCUCUUCUCGCUCCCCAACCUGGGCUCAGCCAGCUCCCACUCCAACUGCUCCUCUCCGGGCCCUUCCUCCACACCCCACACAAAGAGCCACUCCCUCAAAAGAAGCCCCUCCCUCGUACCACCGUUCCGUCUCAACGUGGACGCUCUGGUCGGGGCAGAAGAGACAGAUGUGGACACGGGGGUCAAAGUGAACCUUGGUAGCUGCGCGGAUCUUUCCGUGGUGUCCGCAUACAUUGAGUCCAGCCAGGCUCAGACGCCUCGACCAUUAUCGGCCCCGCCAGAGGACAUCGGACCCCCCCCUUCUCCUGUCAUCCCGCACAACAAAUACAAAUCGGCCACACUGGGACGAAUUCCUAACGGCCCAUCCAUCAAAAGCACUCCCCCUGCUCUGCUGGGGUUACAUCCACAAAACACCAGCCUAAGCCCAAGUGCUGCUCCGUCCUCAAGUGAGAUUUCCAUGAACGAGUCGGACAGCUGCAGCAUCGUCAGCGCGCCUGCUGAUGAGCCAGCAAAGAUUGAAGAAGACCAGGAAUUCUACAUUUGAUCCCUUUUUGGAGAAGAUGAUGCCUUUUCGGCCAGUAGUCAUGCAAGUCAGAGCUGAGACGCGUCACAGCGCCAUGCUGCCCUCUAGUGACUGAUAGUUAAACUGCAGGAACAAAUUCAUGCUUUCAUUUUUUAUAAACGUUGUCUUCUGUCCAGAUAUGCGCUUUGUAAAUGUCAUAUACUAAAACUUUUAUAGACCGAUCACAAACUUGUGAGACAAAACUGUACAUUUAAAAAUAUUUUUCUGCGCUACAUAGAAGGUCAUGCAACUGUAAGGUUAUUUAUACAUUAGGUGGCUGAUUGUCAAAGAUUUAUUAGUUACUGUAACAUUUUUUGUUUUAUAUUCCUGCAGUAUGUGGACACAAAUUCAAAAUUUUUUGGGCUUUUUUAAGACUUGAAGCACAUAGCUUGUCAGGUAUUGUUGUUUUUUUAAAUCAAAUAUGGAUUUGCAUUUCCACUCUCAUUCACUCUCACCUGUCUGCAUAUGAAAUAAACAUAUUAUGAUCAUAGGUGAUCAAGCAUGGAGGAGCAGUGGGGAUACACAGGCUUUUGACGUGGCAGUAAAAAAUGUCCUUUUUGUAAAGCUGGAAAAUGUUUUUAUACUUGUAAAAGCAGCUUUUUCUUGUUAAAAAUGUGCUUGAAGAUUUUGGUAAACGGAGGCUUUUUUUUCUUUUUUACUUUUAGUGCAAAUAAAGCUACAGUAUUGUUAUCAGGCAGUUGUCAUCCUGGUCUUUGUAGGACUAUGGAUGGAAGAGUGGAUCACCACCAAGUUUGAUUUGCAAACACAAAUAUUCACAAGUCACUUUCAGUUGAAUUGAGAAUUGCAUAUCACAUUGAAUUAUGGGUGGAAAAUAAACCUCCAUAGUAAUUGACCCACAAUUUAUCAGUCACAAAGCUUAGAGUAUUUAUGCUCUAAAUAUAAAGUUAUGAUUGUCAGGGUUUUGACUAUUUCUUAACAAAACCACACGGGAAACAAGAGUUUUUCUUUGACUGCUGCAGAAGGAGAAGGCGUCUGUCACAGCGCAAACUGCAGCAGAGGAGUCCCGUCUUCCCAGUGCAGGGAGUCCGUUUUUAUUGUUGGCAGGGGUUGAUUACAUGAAAUGGGUCAUUCAAUCAGGCAGAACAGGAACAUCAUAUCUUGUAUAAUCAGCACCUUGCACGUCAGUGUUUUCUCACUGAAAGACAGAACUGAGACACAAUCACAUUAGAGUCAUAACAACGUGUGAGCAAAUGUUAACUCCACAAACUCCAUCGAUGAUUUACAACAGCUUAUAAAGCAACCAUUUACUGUCACAAAAUGUUAUUAAUAUACUUUAUAAAAUACCAAUGGGUCACAAUAGAACACACUUCCUGUUUUUGCAGUCCCGAAAGCAAAACAGUCUCAAGUCUUAUUUCUGUUACUAAAAUGAAGGAUGAGGCUCCUUUGACUAUAGCUUGAUCAGGAUCUGGCAUGUGGUUUAAUUGUUACAUUCUUGGCUAUAAAUACAUAUAAAUGUCCAGAUUCUAUUCUAGAAUUUAGGAGAAACUAAACGUUGCAGUUCCACCACAUAACACUAGAGGCAGGAUUCAGAAUAGAUCAAUUUUCUAUUGCCUCUUACAGUAUAUCAUGUAAAAAGUCAAACUUCACACGUAAUAAACGUAUG